AUGUUCUCUACCACGAGAAGAAAUGGGAAACCUCCCGUCGAGAAACAUGAAGAUUCAACUUCAGAUUUUCUCAAGGAACAUGCACCUGCUCGUCGCGCUCCCAAAACCAGUGUCGAUCUCGAAACGCAAAACUUGAACGCCAAACUCGCUAAUCCUCUUGCCGGUAUCCCUCGUGAAGAUCUUAUUGUACAAGCCACGCUCUUCGCAGAGAAGUACGGUCUUCAGGAUCUUACCCCCGAAUUACAAAAAGGUGCCCUGGUCGCCCAGGAUCCGACUGCUUUCGAGGAGCACGAGUUGUUGGACGAGAAGGACAAAGCUAUCUUGCGUCGGGAGUUGACUCAUAGGUGGUCACAUCCAAAGACGUUGUACUAUUUGGUCAUUCUGUGUUCGAUGGCAGCUUGUGUUCAGGGGAUGGACGAAGCAGUGAUCAACGGAGCCAACAUUUUCUUUGCUACUCAGCUGGGUAUCAAUCCCGAAGAAGGAGAUCGAAACCAAUGGCUAUUCGGUCUCGUGAACUCCGCACCUUACUUGUGCUGUGCGAUCGUGAGUCCAUGGCUCGUCGCCCCGCUCAAUCAUUACUUAGGUCGCCGAGGAACAAUUUUCGUAACCGCUAUCAUCUCGUGGUUAACAUGUAUAUGGCAAGGUCUUACCAAUACCUGGUGGCACCUUUUCAUUGCCCGCUUUGUUCUGGGCGUUGGAAUUGGUCCUAAGAGUGCCACCGUUCCGAUUUACGCUGCGGAAUCUGCACCCCCAGUCAUUCGUGGAGCUCUGGUCAUGAUGUGGCAGACAUGGACCGCUUUCGGUAUCAUGCUUGGAACCGUCAUUGACCUGGCGUUUUUCAAAAUACCCGACCUGAGUGGUAUCCGUGGAUUGAAUUGGCGUCUUAUGUUAGGUAGCGCCGGAGUUCCCGCGUUUUGGUUAGCUAUUCUGGUUUAUUUCUGCCCCGAGUCUCCACGUUGGUACAUGCGCAAGGGGCGAUACCGAGAUGCCUUCAAUUCUCUCGCUCGUCUCAGACAUACUAAGCUACAGGCCGCUCGUGAUAUUUAUUACAUUCAUGUUCUUUUAGAAGCCGAAAAAGACAGUAAUGUGCAGGGUCGCAACAGGUUUUUCGAGAUGUUUACCAUCCCUCGGAACCGUCGGGCUACCGUUGCUUCUUUCAUUGUCAUGUUCAUGCAACAAUUCUGUGGUAUCAACGUCAUCGCUUACUACUCCACAAACAUCUUCGUUCAGGCCAAAUUCACCGAGAAGCAAGCUCUCAUUGCAUCUUGGGGAUAUGGUAUGAUCAACUGGCUCUUCGCCAUUCCGGCCAUUUAUACCAUUGACACUUUUGGUCGACGGAAUCUGUUAUUGAUUUCGUUUCCUCUCAUGGCGACUUUUUUGCUCUUGACCGGUUUCGCGUUUUGGAUCCCAUUCGACCCAGACAACCCAGACGGAAAACGUAUCGCUGUCGUCGCCCUUGGUAUCUACCUAUUCGCAAUGGCGUACUCUCCAGGAGAAGGACCUGUCCCAUUCACAUACUCUGCUGAAGCGUUCCCGUUGUACAUACGUGAGGUUGGAAUGUCGUGUGCUACGGCUAUCCUUUGGUUUUUCAACUUCAUCUUGGCACUCACUUGGCCGCGGUUACUUGGUGCAUUCGGGGCUCAAGGCGCGUUUGGGUGGUAUGCUGCGUGGAAUGUUGUCGGUUUCAUAGCCGCUCUACUAUUCGUCCCUGAAACUAAAGCGUUAUCUCUUGAAGAGUUGGACCAAGUUUUCAGUGUUCCGACGCGUAUCCAUGCUGCAUAUCAACUCAAGGCGUUGCCCCAUAAUAUCAGGAAAUACAUCUUUAGGAUGAAAGUCGAUGAUUUACCCCCACUAUAUAAACACGAAGGUGUUAUAGGGACGAAGACUUAUGCUCCUGGUGGUGCGGGACAUGCAUAA